AUGAAGAGGCCGCUGAGCAUACGCCACGGCUCGGAAUCUGUUGAUUCUGCUCCAGAUGGUCGCAAUGUUGUUCUUAGGAGAGAUGGUGUUGAAUACUACACCAUCGAGACGUUCCACUCUUCGCCAUUCUACAACGCUGUGACUCCAGUAUUGGUGGUUGAUCUUGUGCGAGCGGUUGACCCUUAUGACAUCUAUGGCCAUGGCGGACACAGGUUGGUGAGGGAUAACGUUGUGCUUCUGAAAAACCAUCCUGUUAGGCGGGUACGUGUGACAGGCUGGAUCAGUGAUUACACCAUGAAGGAGAUUAGGCAGAUGAUGUACUACUUCUUGUCUUUGGAUGAUUCCAGUGGCGAGGCAAUCAAGUGCAUGGUACGUAACGCUGUGUUGGAGGAAGCUGGGCUAGAAGGACGGUGCGAGGGGUCGCUGGUGGAAAUCGUUGGUGUUUGCAGCAAAGUGUACGGUGAGCUUGAAAUAAAGGCUAAUGCUUUGAAGCUACUCCCACGAGAAAACCAUUUGACUUAUGAGUUGCAGUUCUGGAGUGAAGUGUUUAGGGUACGACGUGUUUUGGAGACACCCUGGUAUCAGACACCACAGCUCGAUGCUGACAAUGGCGAUGAGCCUCCAGUACGCAUGGACGCUACUGCGCAGAGGAGGAAAUAUAUGGAAAGAAAUAUGGUAUUAUCCAGUCCCCACAAGGACUAUCCACCUCUGGUACUUGACUCUAGCAUUUACACCAAGAGGACUGUCCUGAAUGAAUCAGAGAGGAGGAAAAGGGCAGAUGAUCAGGAUCUAUCCUCGAGUUCUGAUAUCGAAGAGAUUACCAGCGACGUUUUCGCCAAUAGGCCACGCCAACUACGCACAGAGUCCGUCCAGGUGCUCCCUGAGAGUGUAUUAAUGGACUCAGUAUCGGUGGAUGAUCUCAUGAAGAGACAACAAGGGCCCAGUGUUUCUGAUCUGACCAUCCUACUGACCGAAUGGAUCGUCGACAAUGGAGAACGGCACUUCCACCUGAACAAGGCGUACCAGGAUCCACUUAUCAGGGACUAUCUAAAGACACUGGCUGAGAACGAACUCUCUGCCCAGGUUGUUGAUCUCACUGAAGACACUACGGGGGUCAAGUCGUUGAACCAGGUGCACGGCGAGCUUUUCCACAGGGCAAGGCAUCUGCUACAGAGGAGUGGUCUCAUUCUAUGCACAAGGUCUAAAGAGUGUUCCUCUGGCGUGCUGAUCGACUUCAUAGUACAGUUGCAAGACGAAAUCAACCUCAUCACCACUGUUGGCUCCAUAUUCGACCCGAGAGAAGUCCUCGCUGUUUUCAACAAAACACGGCACUUGGACGUCGACAUCGAGGACCCUCUGCUCCAGUCCAUGAUGCUACGAUACGUCAGCAACAGCAGACAGCACAGCAAGUGGUACCUGGUUCAAACCACGGGCCUUUGGCUCUUUAUGUGA